GAUGAUUUCAUCCAGGGUAGAGGAGGAGAGGACUGGUACGUUAUCACACCGGGCCAAGGAGUCAAAACCAUCAACAACCAAUCGCCAGAUCUAGCCUUGGAUAUUCUCUUUCUGAAAGAACAAUACGAGAACAUAACGUGUUUUUGUGAAGGACAGAGCAUCAUCAUUUUGGUACACGGUGGAGAAGAUGUUAUUUUACAGAACUGGUUUGAUUCAAAGUUUCAUCAGCACCUGCAGAUUAAAACCAGUGAUGGAAUAACAGCUGGACUGAUGACCAACCCCAGCAGCUGUGAUGAGUCUUUAAUGUUCCCCGUAACUGUUGAUUAUAGAAGCCAGAAACCUGAACUACUUAAUUUGCUCCAAACACAUCUCCAGAAACGCUCAAUUAAUGUAGAAGAUGAGUCUGAAAAUGAGUGUUUCAGAUAUAGAAGAAAUAAUUCACAGAUGAAGCGAGUCUUCUGCGGCCUUCAAGGCAAAGUGAUGAUGAUGAAGAAUCAUGAUUCAGUGAAAGAAAUGUACGGUUCCUCAGGCUUCGACAUCAUGGUUGGGAACAGCAAUGAGAAUCUGCUUGAUCCGUACACCGGGGGUGCCUUAAUGUUUGGAGGUGAAGGAAAAGACACUUACGUAAUCAAACAAGGAUAUGGAAAUGACUCAUUGAUCGAUAACUUUGCAGAAGAUCAGAGUAUUGAUACUGUGUUGGUUGACAUGGAUUAUCUUCAUGGCAGUCAAGUCACACUGGACUCAUCAACAGAAGAUCUGGAAGUGACGAUCACAUCAAAAGGGGAACAAUUCAAAUUCACUCUGCUCAACUACACCAAUAGUUCCAAACAUCAGCACUUAGUAUUUCAGAGCUCUGAUGGUGUGAAUUUUAAAUUGAAAUCACUAAACUCAACCAGAGAUGUCGCUUUCUUUGACACUGAAGCUUUCAAAGUGACUCUGAAACAGCUGCAGGUUGAUUGCCGCUUGGACCUCAACUCUCAGAGGAAUCUGUCAAAGGUCCACACGGUGCAAGGCUGUCCCUCCCAGUCCAAUAACAUAUUAGGUAACGAUCAAGACAACGCUCUGAUUGGUGGGUGGAAGGAUGACGCCUUGGAAGGAGGCGAUGACACGCUGAUCGGAGGGAACGGAGACGACAUCCUGAUUGGUGGCUUGGGCGAUGACACUCUUUAUGGCGAGGACGGAAAUGACACUAUGAUGGGAAACUCUGGCCAGGACGUCUUCCUUCCUGGACCAGGGGCUGAUCUGAUGGACGGCGGUCCUGGCAGAGACACGGUUGUGUACCGGGGCGAUCCUGACACAGGUAAAGGAGUUUAUGUCAACCUGCUGACGGGACAAGGCCGCUACGCCGAUGCUGAGGGCGACGUGUUGAAGGAUGUGGAGAUAGUCAUCGGCACCGUCUACUCUGAUAUCUUGGUGUCCGGUUACGAAAGUUCUCUUCUCAAAGGCUCGGACGGCAAUGACAUCUUGGUGUCCACCGGUGGCGAUUACCUGGUCGGCGGUGAUGGAAAUGACAUUUACAUGUUGGCUUUCAACCACGGUUCAGUCACGGUUGAUAACUGUGCCAAAGACAACGCUACAGACGUCUUGUACAUGAGCUCACAGUCAACGCCGCCAUUCGACUGCCAACUUUUGCCUGACAGAGUUCUCCUGACUUUCUUUGGAUUUAACCAAACUACUAUUAAAAUUGCACUGCAGGGCUGGAUCAGUGAUGAGAACGAAUGUGGUCAUUUGAAGUUGGUUUUUAGAGAUCAGGAGAUGUCGGUAGACCAGCUGCUGCAAGAGUGUCAGUUAAGACAAGAAGUUAAGAAAUCAGUUUGGUCUCUAGUCAUGAGUUGGAUUAAAAGGAUCAUUCAUGUCCUCUUCGGCUGAGUUUUCAUUUUGCAAACAAGCAGAACAUCAGUUUUAAGGGCAAAACAACAAAAGAAACGGGAACAAACAAACAAAUGUUGAUGCAGUAUCAGUUUCUAUGCUGGCUGAUGUAAUGUAGAGUUUAAUCUUUAAAAGUAAGGACACAGUUUCUGAAUUUCAUUGAUCAUUUGUCAUUUUAUCUUAACUAACUAACCCUUUCAAACAUGUCUGUUUAGGACUGAUUGUUUGGUCUCCUGUCUUGCUGCUUGUAGCUUUCUCCAGAACCAUUGUACCCCAAAAUGACUUAAAGAAGGACCCCAAAGUAACCCACUGUGUACCCCUGCUGGGUGGUGACAAAACGCUGCGGUCAAGUCGGACAGUUUUCUCGCUUUAUAUUUAGAUUUAUCAUGUGUUUAUGUAAAACAUUUAGUGAAUAAUAAACCUCUUCUACUUUAAGGGCACGGUGUCUGAUUUGGAUUAUUUAGUAAUCUAUGUUGAGGAAAAUAUAUCCAUAAAAUGAA